AUUGGAAGGCAGUACGCAAUGCCGAGCGACAUCUACGCUUCAUCGAGUCUUCGCCUCUUCUUCUUGAUAUCUUCGCCAUCUGCGCUAUUUCGAGCGGUCGUCUGUAAUUACUUUGCCUUCGUUGCAUUCCAUUUUCCACGUUCAUUGCUGAGAAGAAGUUUCGCCACAGUCGAAUGACGCCGGCUGCAUGCGCCUGACUACACACCUACCUUACGGAAUCUCGGAAUCUCGCCACAGGCAUCCGCACUCGUUGAACAAUUCUCAGACGCUCUCGUUCUCCUCUAUGUUGACGCACAGCUGAACUUUUCUUCUUCCGCGCAACGUCGCCAAGUUCAACGCGAUCGCAAUGGCGUUCAUCCGCCAAACUCGGACGCUAUGCGAAAAGACACUCACCAUCGUCUUCCUACGCCACUGGCUGGGAACACUGACCCGAGCGCUAAUUGCGCCGGUGAUUUUCAUGUUCAUCAUCAGCUAUGCUAAAAACUUCUUCGUACCGCCCAGCGACUUUGGCGUGGGUUCUCCCGCUCCGUUGCGAUCGCUUGGAGCGGCUUUGGAUGCUUCUUCGGGCGGCAGGAAUACCGUGGUCUUCGUCAAUAACGGGCACACUGGUGGCGACAUCGCCAGAGUGAUCGAUCAGCUCUCUCAGCCUAUCCAGGCCCACGGCAAAACAGUCGAAGUGAUCAGCGCGGACUCCGAAAUCCAAAGAAUCUGCAGAGGCUCCGUUCGCGGAGUCACGCAGUGCUUCGGAGCGGUGUCUUUCACUUCAUCUCCGACAGAGGGCUCGUCAUCGGUGUGGAACUACACCAUACGUGCCGACGGCGCGUUCGGCGGCGAAAUCUUUGUCAACCAACACAACAAUGCCGCCGAGAUUUACGUUCUCCCUCUCCAACAUGCCGUCGAUGCGGCAAUCGCCUCUGUGCAAGGCGCCACCCUGCCGGACAAUGUGCAGGAGUACGCAUACACCGACCAAACGGCUGAAGAACGGCUACAGUCAAUCAACCACUCUUACAUGGGAGCACUCAUCAACAUCCUUGCCGUGGCUUAUUUCAUUGGCAUCGUCGGAAUCUGCUACCAACUAACUGGUGAGAUGGCCAAGGAGCGGGAACUGGGAAUGACGCAGCUCAUCGAGGCUAUGAUGCCCAAUCGCCACCGUUGGACGACGCAGGCGACUCGACUGUUGGCCAUGCAUCUUUCCUUCGACAUUCUGUACCUUCCCAGUUGGGCCAUCAUGGGUGCCAUCGUGGGCUCCCUGAAUUACACCUACUCCAAUGCUGGCAUACUCGUCGGCUACUUCAUCAUGUCCGGACUUGCCUUGUCGAGCUGGUCCGUCGCCUUUGCAAGUUUGUUCAAGAAGGCUCAACUGUCCGGUAUCACGGUGGUGAUGACUUCUAUCAUCCUCGCGAUCAUCAUACAAGUCGUUCCGCCUUCCUCGACUGCGACAGCAACGGUGGUGAGCUUGUUGUUCACCCCGAUGAACUUUGUCCUUUUCAUCAUCUACGCAGCCUACUGGCAACGGCAGGGCUUGGCUAUCGACCUGCGCCACGGCCCACCCACUGCGCCCUGGUCUACCCCAGGAUAUCUAUUUUUCGUGUUCUGUGCCAUUCAAAUCGUCGCCUUUCCCAUUCUUGGCGCCUUCAUCGAAAGACAGCUUUACGGCACGGCUUCCAAGGCCCGGCAUCUACGGUACGACGAAUCGGAGAGCCCCGAAGCACUGAAAAUCACAGAUUUGUCCAAAGACUACGCCCCGGCUUGGUUCGAAGGAAAAGUAGCACCGAGAUUCUCCCACAAGCCAAAGCCUACCGUGCACGCCGUCGACCACCUGAAUGUCGCCGUUCUGCGAGGCCAGAUCUGCGUUCUUCUCGGCGCAAAUGGAAGCGGCAAGACCACGACGCUCGAUAUGCUGGCAGGCUUGCAAGUCCCUUCGAGUGGAAUCAUCGAAAUGGAUGCGACUGGGGGCAUUGGCCUCUGUCCGCAAAAGAAUGUUCUCUGGGACGAGUUGACCGUCUACGAGCAUGUGCGCAUUUUCAACCGACUGAAGGCGAGCAAGCCCGAUUCCCGGAGCGUCAUGAAGGAGCUGAUUGCCGCUUGCGACAUUGACCAGAAGCUGAACGCCACCACGCGCACGCUGUCCGGUGGGCAGAAGCGAAAGGCUCAGCUUGCCAUGAUGUUGACCGGAGGCUCGAAAUUGUGUAUGCUUGACGAGGUCAGCUCUGGCUUGGACCCGCUGAGUAGGCGGAAGAUCUGGGACAUUUUGCUUGCUGAGCGCGGUGCACGAACGAUUUUGUUGACGACCCACUUCCUCGACGAAGCCGAUCUGCUUUCUGACGAUAUUGCGAUUCUGUCCCGAGGAAAGCUGGUGGCGAAUGGCUCGGCUGUGGCGCUCAAGCAUCGUCUUGGGGGUGGCUACCGUGCACGCAUCUAUCACGAGGACGCCAGACCUCUCCCAGCGGAACUGGAAUCGAUGAACAAGCAGGUCUACCACGAUCAGACGGUCUAUCAGCUUGCCGACUCUAGUGCUGCAGCAGGCUUUAUCGUGGAAUUGGAGAAGGCUGGAGUGAAGGACUAUCAAGUGAGCGGCCCAACAAUCGAAGACGUCUUCCUGAAGCUCGCUUCAGAAGUAAAGGACGAGCUGGAGAAGGAUCGACAAUUGGACACUACGAGCCAACCGGAUUCGGCGUCUGGCGAAAAAGGCCUGCAACUUCGCACCGGCAAGCCAUUGUCAUUCUGGCAGCAAACCUUCGUACUGUUCAGAAAGCGGAUCACGAUUCUCCGGCGCAACACCUGGCCGUAUCUCGCUGCGCUCUUGAUCCCGAUUGCCGCCGCUGGACUCGUAACACUCUUUCUCAAGAACUUCUCCGCCUUGACCUGUGCUCCUACCUCUGGUUUAUACAUCCCGGAGAGCACGUCUCUCGAUGGCUACCUGGCAAUCGGGGCGGAGAUACCCUAUGGACCUGCUAGUCAAGUGCCGCGGAAUACUCUUUUGCAGCUGUAUCCGCUUCUUGAGCAGGCCCUUGAGGGUGUCACAUCUCUUGACGCUCUCCAAGCCUACAUCAAUGCGAACUUCAGCACAGCCGUCCCUGGUGGCUUUUACCUGGGAGACACCCCGACGUUCGCCUGGAGGGGUAACUACAACGUAUCCUUCCCGGUCGCGGUCCAAAACCUGAUGGACGUUAGUCUCACCAGGACGCCGAUCAUCACCGCAUACCAAUCCUUCGAUUCCCCCUUCACGCCCUCGACCGGCAAGAGUCUCCAGCUCGCUCUCUACUUUGGGCUGGCCAUGAGCGCAUACCCUGCCUUCUUUGCCCUCUACACCAACGUCGAGCGACUACGCAACGUGAGAGCAUUGCACUACAGCAACGGAAUCCGCGCGGCACCACUUUGGAUCGCAUACACGCUUUUCGACUUCAUGAUUGUGUUGCUGGUCAGCGGCAUCACCAUCAUCAUCUUCACGGCCGUCUCCAGCAUCUGGUACGGACCCGGGUAUCUCUUCAUCGUCUUCGUCCUCUACGGCCUGUCUGCCACCCUCAUGGCCUACGUCAUCUCCCUCUUCGCCACGAGUCAGCUCGCCUCCUUCGCCGUGGCCGCUGGCAUGCAGUGCUCCAUGUUUCUGCUCUACUUCGUGGCGUACAUGUGCAUCAUCACGUACUCGGUCACGACGGAGAUCGACACAAACGUGAACAUUGCCUUUUUCACCAUCGGCUUGUUCUUCCCCGCGGCCAACUUGCUGCGGGCUUUGCUGCUCACCUUGAAUGAGUUCUCGAUCCUCUGUCAGGGAACGAGCAUCGCGCCUUACCCAGGAGCCAUCACGGUCUUUGGCGGCCCGAUUCUCUAUCUCAUCCUGCAAUCCCUCUUUUUUGGCGUUUGGCUUGUGUGGUACGAUAGUGGAUGGAGACCUGCAUUCCUCACUCGGACAAAGUACCGGCAUGAGGAUGCGGAGAUGAGCGAGGAGGUGGAUGCGGAAGUCUUUGCUGAAGCCAAGAGGACCGAAGGAAGCGCGGAUGAGUUGCGUGUUAUGCAUGCCACGAAGACGUUCGGAACGAAUGUGGCUGUUGAUGAUGUUACGUUUGGAGUGCCGAAAGGAGAGGUGUUUGCCCUGCUUGGGCCCAACGGAGCUGGAAAGUCGACUACAAUCGGACUGAUCCGCGGCGAUACACGCCCAAGCACUAAACAGGGUGACGUGUUGGUCGAAAACACCUCCAUCGUAAGACACCGAGCAUCGGCACGUGCAAAUCUCGGCGUGUGCCCGCAAUUCGACGCCAUGGAUCAGAUGACGGCCAUUGAACAUCUCCGCUUCUAUGCCCGAGCGCGUGGCGUUCCCGAUAUCGAGCACAAUGUUGAUCAGAUUGUGCACGCCGUCGGCCUGGAACCUUUCAAGACUCGUCUUGCUGGGAAAUUGUCUGGCGGCAACCGACGCAAACUUUCUCUCGGCAUAGCACUGAUGGGGAAUCCGUCUGUUCUACUCCUCGACGAACCAAGCAGCGGCAUGGACGCCGCUUCCAAGCGCAUCAUGUGGCGUACGUUGGCUGCGGUGUCAGAAGGCAGGAGUCUCGUGCUCACCACGCAUUCGAUGGAAGAAGCAGACGCUUUGGCGGACCGUGCGGGCAUCAUGGCGCGCCGAAUGUUGGCGCUGGGCACGGCGGAUCAAUUGAGGAAGAGGCACGGCGAUGCGUACCACGUGCAUCUCGUCCACAAAGACGCGCCGUAUACCAGCGACGCCAGCAUGGCCGAGAUCAUCGCAUUCAUCAACAGCCGCUUCCCGCGCGCCGUCACGGAAAAGCGAGGCUUCCAUGGCCAGCUGCGUUUCAGCGUGCCCAACGAGAUCACCCAUCCUGCCAUCAAGCAUUCAGGAGACGCAGAGAAGGCGCCGGUGGUCAACGAAAGCAACCUCGAGCCAGACAAGAGUGGCCCAAGCCGCGGCAUCAGCGCUCUCUUCACCGAGCUGGAAGCCAACAAGGAACGCUUGGGCUUGGAGUAUUACUCUGUCAGCCAGGCGACGCUGGACCAGGUAUUUUUGAGCAUCAUCACGAAGCACAACGUGCUUGAGGAGAAUUAUGCGCGGGAGCAUGCACGCAAGGAGGGUGUGGGAAGCCGGAUCAAGGCGGCAUUUGGGAAGGAGACGUGGAUGCAAGUGUUGUGUACUUUUUAGGCGGCAUAUGGGCUGGUGCAUGGGUGGAGUUUUAUACUGCUAUUCUGCACUGUAAUUAGAUCGACUUGCACAAUGAGCAAGCUGUGUACAGAUUGGAUGAAACUUGUCGAGCACGUGACGC